AUGGCCGAGCCCAAGAAGCAGCUUCAUAUAGCCAUAUUCCCAUGGUUAGCCUUUGGUCACAUUAUCCCAUUUUUGGAGCUCGGCAAACUCAUUGCCCGGCGAAAGGGCCAUCGUAUUUCCUUCAUAUCAACAGCAAGAAACAUUGAUCGCCUCCCCAACAUCCCUCCAAAUGUUGCACCUUUGAUAACUUUAGUGAAGCUUCCCUUACCCCACGUUGACAACCUGCCAGAAAAUGCAGAGGCUACCAUGGACGUACCGCACAACGUAAUUCCAUUUCUUAAGAUAGCUCACGAUGGUCUCCAAGAACCUUUGUCUAGGUUUCUGGAAAGUUCGAGCCCUGAUUGGAUCAUUCAUGACUUUGCCCCUUACUGGUUACUACCAAUUGCAGCUAGACUUGGCAUCUCGCGGGCUUUCUUCAGUGUUUUCAACGCAUCAUCCUUGUGUUUCUUUGGUCCACCAAAGUUGCCGUUCUCGGCUUCGUCGGAAACAACAGACGAGCCCGACCCCAGCACACGAACAGAACUCGAGCAUUUCAUUGUUCCUCCCAAAUGGAUCCCCUUUCCAUCCAAAAUAGUGUAUCGGCCUUAUGAGGUGAGAAAGCUCUUAAAAAACACUGACGUCAAUGCCUCCGGUGUUUCGGACUUGUUUCGUCUCAUGACGGUGUACUCAGGCACCGAAGUCGUGGCUAUUAAAACAUGCAUCGAAGUCGAAGCUGAGUGGUUGAAUCUCUUCGGAGAGCUUCUCCAUAUACCCGUAGUUCCCGUCGGCUUAUUGCCACCCUUGCCACAAGAAGGCAACGACAAUAAAGACGGCACUUGGGAUGCAAUUGCUGAGUGGCUAGACAAGCAAGAGAAAGGGUCAGUGGUUUAUGUAGCACUAGGAAGUGAAAUCCGACCGAGUCAAGAAGACUUCAAUGAGUUGGCUCUGGGGCUAGAGCAAUCGAGGUUGCCAUUCUUUUGGGCUUUAAGAAAGUCAGCAGGUGGGGAAUCGAUUGAGCUACCGGAAGGGUUCGAGGAUCGAACCAAAGGUCGUGGGAUUGUUUGGAUGGGUUGGGCACCUCAGUUGAAGAUAUUAGGCCACGAGUCAGUUGGGGGUUUCCUGACUCACUGUGGUUGGAGUUCAGUAACAGAGGCAUUUCAAUAUGGACGUGUACUUAUCAUGCUGCCUUUCAAUGGGGAUCAAGGAUUAGUAGCUAGGUUCUUGGAAGAGAAGCAGGCAGGAGUUGAGAUUCCCAGGAAGGAGGAAGAUGGAUCAUUUACGAGGGACUCAGUGACACAAACUUUGAGGUUGGCAAUGAAGGAUGCAAAGGGUCAGAUAUACAGGGACAAAGCCAAGGAAAUGACCACCAUAUUUGGGAAUAAGGAACUCCAGCACCGAUACGUCGACAAGUUUGUUGAAUUGCUUGAGAACAACAGGCAGAUCAUUACCAAGGGUUAGAAAACAGGAAGUGAUAAUUAAGAUUAUGCAAAUUAAGUUUUACAGAAGUUCCUCAACAAGCAGCUUUGGGAGUUAUAAAUAAUUAUGUUGGGUUAAUUAUUUUUCAUGUUUUCUUUUUGUUGUUGGAGAUCAUGUUUUAAACAACAUCGAUCAUUGUCAAGCUGGUAUCCCCUCACGUACAGGGUUUAAAGUCGAAAAUAAUAUUGGUGCUAUCUAUAAA